AUGGGCAUUGCCGGCUUCUUUUUGUGGUUGCAGCGGUGGUACGGCGAUUGCGUCGACAACGUCCCUCAGGAUGUGGUAGAUGCUGCCUUCAAGGGUCAGGCGCUUCCGCGCAGCCAUGCCAGCGCGUACUCGUACGACAACUUCUAUGUGGACAUGAACGGGUUAAUUCACCCGUGCUGCCACGACACGGCGCCGCUACCGGAGCCAGAGAAUGAGGAGGAGAUGUUUGAGCGCAUGUUUGACCAGCUGGACCUCCUAGUCAGGGUGGUGCGUCCCAAGAAGUGCCUCGUACUGUGCAUUGACGGCGUCGCCCCACGUAGCAAGAUGAAUCAGCAGCGUAGCCGUCGCUUCCGCGCCGCAGAUGAGCGCCUGGAGAGCGACGCCAUCUCGAACGCCUGCGCGGACCGUAUCGUUUCCGAGUACAGCCUUCCCCGGCCACGCGUCCGGGAGCGCUGGGACCACAACGUCAUAACCCCAUCCACGGCAUUCAUGGAGCGCGUUGCUCUCGCGUUGGAGUGGUACAUUAUGAAGAAGCUGAACGAGGACGCUGAAUGGCGCCACUUGACAGUCGUCUUCUCCGACGCGCACGUGCCGGGCGAGGGUGAGCACAAGAUCAUGCAAUACAUCCGCGGCCUCCGCUCGCAGCCCGGCUACGACUACAACACUACCCACGUGAUUCACGGAAUGGAUGCCGACCUCAUCUGCCUUGGUCUGUCCACGCAUGAGAAGCACGUGUGCAUCUUGCGCAACCAGCUCACCGAGACGUUCCAACCAGAUCACAACCGCUUCUGCUACUUUAACCUACAGAUGUACCGCAUGAAACUCAUGAAGGACUUCGCGAACAUCGAGGGAAUGCAGUUCGAGCGCGUCGUCGAUGACUUCAUCUUUCUCUGCUUUUUUGUCGGUAACGAUUUCCUGCCACACGUGCCGCUUGUGUCUAUCAAGACGCGCGGCAUUGAGCUGCUCCUCGAUCACUAUGUGCGUGACUUCGCGCUGCACGGCUACUUGACUCACCUGGGCGAGGUGGACUACGCCCAUCUGCACAUCUUUCUCAUGAACUUCGCUUCCAAGUGCAUGAUUAAGCUGACGAAGGAGUACUACGGUAUCGUCCGCGCUAGGGAGCGCGCGAAGCAGCACGUGGAGGAGCGCAUCACCAAGACUGAGGCGCAAGUAUCGGAGGUGCUGGGAACGCUACUGCCAGAUCGCAGCAAUGCACAAGAGGUCAGUGACGUGUUGCUGGGGCUCAUGUCAUCUGUGCGAAAAGAGCGUACCCGUCUCGUGGUGGACAAGCAGCCGCUCGGUUUUUCCUACCUCGACAAGAUGUACCGCGACGCGUACUACCAACAGAAGUUUGGGUGGGAUCAUUCGAUCAAUCGUGCCGCCUUUGAGAACCAAAUUCGGCUCUGCUGUGCCGAGUACCUGCGUGGAAUGCAGUGGGUGAUGCGCUACUAUACGAAGGGGUGCCCGUCGUGGGAGUGGUACUUUCCGUACCACUACGCCCCGCUGCUGCAGGACUUGGCGGCAUUCACAGCGACAGUGAAUGUCGAAAUGCGGAUGAGCGCCCCUCUUCACCCAGUCGAGCAGCUGCUGGCGGUGCUGCCGCGGUUGAGCGUGCACGCCCUGCCUGAGGAGCUGCACGAGGCUGUGAAUGACCCAAAGUCUCUCUUGGGCAAAUUCUACCCGGACAUGGUAGACGUCGACUUUAGUGAAGCCAACUUCUCGUACCAGGGGGUACUGCGUAUUCCCUUCAUUAACUGCGAGGCCCUCAGUAGGGCGUGCCGAAAGCUGGUCGAGUUGGAGGAGGACUUUGGCAGCACCUUCCUCUACUGCCAUGAGUCCACCUUACUUGCGAAACAGUUGGACGCGCUGACUGGUCCGAGCAACAGCGCAUUGCCGGUAGCUACCGGCCUGACACCGCCUGUGGUGCCGAUCCCCGCCUCGGUGGCAUCGACGACACCGAUUGCCGGUCGCGUGGGGCGCUACGAGGCGGAGUGGCCGCGACACGAGGAACUGCAGUGCCCCGAUCCCGGCAUGGCCAAGUUCACGCGCUACGGGAAGCGUAUCAAGGAGAAUCAGGUGAACCAGUACCGCUACGAGCUUAGCACCCAGGCCGACUACCGUCCCAUCCUCAUGGCUGCGGAGACGACGACCAACAACGCGACGGCAGCUGCGUCGAAGAGGUCUAAGCGACUGGCAGGGAAAGAUUCACCACCGCAGCGCCGCCAGCGGGAUCGUGAUGCAGACCAUGUUGUCAGCAGCAAAGACGAAAAACACAAGAGGAGUUUCAGCAGACACGAUGACAACAGGGACAAGCGCAAGCGCCACCGCAGCGACGGCGAGAGAGAGCAGGAUGGAAAGAGUCGACGCCGCAGCAAGAACGGCGACGCGAGGGAGUCCUCUUCUUCCUCACCUCACACAUCGUCCUCUAGGGAUCGCUCAGGCCAUGAUCACGGCACUCGGCACAGCAGGAGGCUGAGGGAUUGCUGCAAGGAGGGGAAGAAGAAGAGCUCACAGCACGAAAUUCGAUCACGCGAGAGUACUAGUGAGGCUCACCCCGCACCCUCGUCUUCAUCAUCUCAGCGCGCGAAGAAGAAGAGUCGAGACGGGAAGAAGGAGUCGAGGACGUCCACAAAAGUGGCGUCGACCAAGACAUUGCGGCGAGGUCAUCGACAGCGGCACACGCGGGAGAGGAGCGCUUGA